CGGAGAGACAAUAGGGCAACAGCGGUCGCUCUGUCGGACGCAUCAGCGAAAUGUGCACAAGAAUCAAUAAUAUUACAUCAAGGCUUUAAGAAAUAACAGAGAGGACAGCUGAAAGAUACAUACAUUGCUCCUGAUGUUCUAGUAAUUAACUUUGACCACAACGGAAUGACUGAGGGGGUUUGCGCAUCAUUUGUUCCUUGAAAGAUUUCUAAAUCAUCCCCGUUGUCGUGGUAACUGGCCGCUCUGUCUCUGGAAUAAUGAGCUCCUCACCCCACAUGUCCCGUUCCUCUAUUGACAUCCUGGAAGAGCUGCAGCUCAUCACUGCUGAGAACCUGGAGAAGCUGGACUUUAAUAAAUACUAUGAGGUCAUCAGGGAGCUUGGCAAGGGCACCUAUGGCAAGGUGGACCUGGUCAUCCACAAGAUCAGAGGCACGAAAAUGGCUCUGAAAUUCUUGCGGAAGAAAACCACUAAGCUGAAGAGUUUCCUUCGCGAGUACAGCAUCUCUCUUUACCUGUCACCUUGUCCUUUCAUCAUCAACAUGUUUGGCAUCGCCUUCGAAACUGAUGAAUACUACAUCUUCGCUCAAGAGUAUGCGCUGGCGGGCGAUCUCUUUGACAUCAUUCCUCCGCAGGUUGGACUGCCGGAGAACGUUGCCAAGCGGUGUGUGCACCAGGUGGCGAUUGCACUGGAUUACCUGCACUGCAAGAAGCUGGUGCAUCGUGACAUAAAGCCGGAGAAUGUCCUCAUCUUUGACAAGGAUUGCCGGAAGGUGAAACUGUCAGACUUUGGCAUGACACGGCGUGCCGGCUCUCCAGUGAAGCGAGUGAGCGGAACCAUCCCGUACACGGCGCCAGAACUGUGCGACCCCGGCCGGCAGGAGGGUCUGUGCGUGGACUACAGCACUGAUGUGUGGGCAUUUGGUGUGCUUCUGUUCUGCAUGCUCACCGGGAAUUUCCCCUGGGAAAAAGCGCUGCCGUCCGACGCCUUCUACGAGGAGUUUGUGCGCUGGCAGCAGCGGCGGAGGCGGAGCAGCACUGUGCCUUCGCAGUGGCGGCGUUUCACUGAUGAGGCGCUCCGCAUGUUCCGCUGUCUGCUGUCCAUCGAGCAGGACCGCCGGUGCUCCGUCAAAGAGGUCUUUAGCUACUUCAAUCACUGCUGGAUGCUCGACACGGAGAACGGCAACACAACCCAUGCCUCAGGCGGUAACUGCAACGGUGGCUCAAUGAUAAAUGGCCGUCAGGCUGAGAUUAGCUCAUCUUCCUCAGAAGAAGAUGAGUUGGUGGACCGUUUGAAGCAACAGAGCUUGUCGCCUGUGUGUGGGGUAGCUAAAGGAGGCAUCGUCAUGGAGCCGGUGGCGGCGCACUACUCCUCUACCUCCACCAACAGCCCUGCUUCCUCCAAUGGUGGCUAUGAGCGCGUUUCUCGUGACAACAACGGCAACAGUGGUCGCAUCCUGGUCACGACACCAAUUGAAAUAUGCGUAUAGAGAGCUCACUGGCAUUAACCUACCUUGCACAAAUACUUGGGAUCACUAGAUGACAAUAAGGACUCAAGUCCUCAUGAAGCAUCAUAAGAAAAGUCGGUAGCUGACGCACACGUGCUCCAAGAGCAUCCCAAGGAGAGUUGACAGCGUGAAACUGUUCCUGAUGACGAGUAUCUCUGAGGGAAUGUGUAAGACAAUCGCCAAAGCCUGCUGAUUGUGUAUCAACCAUGUUUUCCGUGUACAAUUAGACCAAAAUGAAAUUGGAAACUUUUGAAGAAUAGGGGAACAAAAACUCUUCUAUGAAAAUAUGAAGCAAUACGUUGAUUUUUUGUCGAAAAAAUAAUUGAAAUUAGUAGAGAUUUUAAAAACUUUGAUUUAGAACAUGGAAAAAAACAGCAAAAACAUUUCACAUGGAGAUUUAACGUGGUUUCAGAAGCACAGUAGGAGCUGUGUUGGUAUUGUUUCGUGCUUGUGUAUCCCUGUGGUCAGUGGAUAUAACUUUAGAAGCUUAUUGAUUACUUUAUAAGUGUGUUGUAUUAUUCAUUUAGGUCUUGACCUUUUUGUUAUUUAUUUAAUACUGUAGCAUUACAGUGUUUAAUUAUAAUUUGCGGAGAAACUGCACUGUCAAUUCUCAGUUUGCUCACUAUGAAACCAAAACUGGCAAGAAAAAGUCACUUAAUUGCAGAAGACUGUUAGGGAGGUUUGAAAGUUAGGUGCAAAAACUCUCUUCAGAGUAACGUAUAGAUGCAAUCCAUAUUAUUCCUCUCUAUCUAGGCAUGCAGCACUUGGCCCUGCGUCACCAAAAUAGUUGUACAAAUCUUGCAUUCCGAGACAGGGCUAUGUGUGCCCCACUAAAUACAAAAGCGAUUUAGACAUGACGGCUCCCAGAAGCACAGUUCAAAAACCAUUCAGCCUUUUUGUGUUGACAUACAGUUCAUACAGUAAGAACAGUACAAUACAUUUCCUCUUUUUUGCGUUCUCUCUGAGCAUCACGGAUGGAGCCCUGAUAGCACACGUAUUUCACUGAAACGUCUUUUUGAUUUCCUCUAGAUGUCCGUUUUAGACCCCUUGCAGUGUCUUGGAGAAGUUUCCGUCGGACGUUAGAUCGAUUUACAUUAUUAUGUAUGAAUUUGCUCUUUUCAAGAUGUUUAUCAGGUGUUUGUAUUUGAAAUGCAAUGCUUAAAAAAGAAUGUUAUGCUUUCCAGAUGAUGUUGUCUUUCAUAGAUGUCCUGUUGACAUACGUGUGCUUACCGAGUGAAGGAUUUCUCAGGUAUACCAUUCACUGUGUAAUAUUGAAAAGUCAACAUGAAGUCAAAAUUUUCCCUAUUUACUUUCUUAAUAUACAUUUUCGGUCUUACUGUGCACGUAUCAGUGCAUAUUAUUCAAAUCAAAUAUUUCAACCUCUAAAAAGGUUUUAUUUUUUGAUUACAUCACAAAUCCCUUACUUUCAAACCCUCCCCUCCAACCACCUGACUUCAUUCUGGUAUGUAACAGCCAAUCAGAGUAAUUCAACCCACUCCCUACAUUUUUUUUCUCAUUAAGUAUCCUGUUUUAACUGAAAAUGUCAUAUUACAGUUAUUAGUAAAAUUAUUGUGUAAAAUGGGUUUCAAACACCACUUCAUGUUGUCUUUAACAUCCAGUUUGUUACUCAGUUGAGGUGUAGGAAGGAUGUGUUAAAUGAAGAUGUCAUAUUUAUGUUUCAUAACGAAUAGGAUAGUGAUGUCUAAAAUAUCUGCUGCUUUGUGCCAGGGAAUGAAGGUCCAGUUGAAUUUCUGUAAAAGAUCCUUUUAUUUGGGCCAUUAAAUACAUAUUAAAAAUGUCACUAGCUGCUAAACCUGGUAUAAUUUGAAGUUAGUUGUAUUAAAAUGCCAAUAAAGUGGAAUGUACAACCCUGUUCCACACAAGUCUUGCGCAAUUUAAACACUGUUUUUCUUUUCUUUUUUUAUAUUUAUACAUUUUAUUAUGAGAUUUGUUCGAUUUCAUAGUCUUGUUCAAAGAAAGGUAGCAAAAGAAGGUCAUGUGCUGGAAUUGUUUUCUUGUGUUGUUAAAAUGAAAAAAAAAAAAAAAGUGUCGACAAUGUUUGAAAGGGCAUUUUGCAUGGAUAUAACAGAAAACAGAGAAGUUGGUAUCUGUGCUACUUUUAGAAUUGUGACAAAUAUUGUGUAGUAAUACUUUCAAUUAGCACAAGUUUGCAUAACUUGAUAAAAGUUUUAGUGGUCAAAAAGGACAAUGUGCAAAUAAAAUAAUAAUGUUUUUGUAUACUUCAUGUGCAGAACAUGGACUGAAGGCCAACAGUGAUGGGGCAGUACAUAACAUAUUGAUUUGCUCUCAUUGACAACUCAUGAAGAAGCUCAAUGUUACUCUGAAAGACAUUUUAACCCUUCGAAAUGUAUGAAGAAUACAAGACAAUUCUGAAAAUCUUUUGUUGAAAGGACAAAAGCAAAAACAGUAAUUUUCACGUGUUGUGUUUUCCAGAAAUAUUUGCAUGAAUCAACAUUGCUCUGGAGAAACAUUGUAGAAAUAAACACUAAAAGUACUGAA